AUGAGCGUCCCCAUGCUAAAGAUCGGGGCGGUGCUCAGCACCAUGGCCAUGGUGACCAACUGGAUGUCUCAGACCCUGCCCUCUCUGGUGGGACUCAACGGGACCACCGUCUCCAGAGGGGGCACGUCGGAGAGGAUUGUCAGUGCUCUGUACCCGAGCCCAGAGGAGGGCUGGCAGAUCUACAGCUCGGCACAGGACGCAGAUGGGAAGUGUGUCUGCACCGUGGUCGCACCGGCCCAGAACAUGUGUAACCGCGACCCACGCAGCAGACAGCUUCGUCAGCUCAUGGAGAAGGUUCAGAACAUCAGCCAGUCGAUGGAGGUGCUGGACCUGCGGACAUACCGAGACCUGCAGUACGUGAGGAACACGGAGAACCUGAUGAAGGUGGUGGACGGGAAACUGAAGGUGGCUUCUGACAAUCCCCGCAGUCUCAAUCCAAAGGGUUUUCAGGAGUUAAAGGACAAGGUCACCCAGCUGCUCCCCCUGCUGCCAGUGCUGGAGCAGUACAAGGCGGAUGCCAAGAUGAUCCUGCGUCUUCGGGAGGAGGUGAGGAAUCUGUCCUUGGUGCUGAUGGCCAUCCAAGAAGAGAUGGGCGCCUACGACUAUGAGGAGCUUCGCCACAGAGUCCUGCUGCUGGAGACCAGGCUCCACUCCUGCAUGCAGAAACUAGGCUGUGGCAAGCUCACUGGCGUCAGUAAUCCCAUCACAGUGCGAGCUUCGGGUUCGAGGUUCGGCUUCUGGAUGACAGACACUAUGAUCCCCAGCUCAGACAACAGAGUCUGGUCCAUGGACGGUUACUUCAAGGGACGUCGUGUCCUGGAAUACCGCACGAUGAAUGAUUUCAUGAAGGGCCAGAACUUUGUGCAGCACCUGCUGCCUCACCCCUGGGCCGGCACUGGCCACGUGGUUUACAACGGCUCGCUGUACUACAACAAGUACCAGAGCAACAUCAUCAUCAAGUACCACUUCCGCUCCCGGAGUGUGCUGGUGCAGCGCAGCCUGAGUGGCGCCGGAUAUAACAACACCUUUCCCUACUCCUGGGGCGGCUCCUCCGACAUCGACCUCAUGGCGGAUGAGAACGGCCUGUGGGCGGUUUACACCACCAUCCCCAACGCCGGGAACAUUGUCAUCAGCCGCCUGGAGCCGCAGAGUCUGGAGGUGCUGCAGACGUGGGACACAGGUUUCCCCAAGCGCAGCGCUGGAGAGUCCUUCAUGAUCUGCGGCACGCUCUACGUCACCAACUCCCACCUGGCCGGUGCCAAGAUCUACUUUGCCUACUACACCAACACGUCGAGCUACGAGUACACGGACAUCCCCUUCCACAAUCAAUACUCCCACAUCUCCAUGAUGGACUACAACCCCAGGGAGAGGGUCCUGUACACCUGGAACAACGGACACCAGGUGCUCUACAACGUCACACUGUUCCAGGUUAUUAAGACUUCUGGAGACUGAGAACCUCAGACUGAGCCACUCAAA